AUAAUGAACUCAGUGCAAUAUCAAAUCUGUGCUUUAUAUACCUAGCUACAUAAAUUCAAUUAAUCCAAUCCAGUUAAUUCAGUUAAUCAGCUAACCAGUUGGAUUAAACGGACUAGUUCGACAAAUCAGUUAACAAUGAAAGUGCGGUUACGGACAGGCGUGAUUCAGUCGAACUGAGCCUAUUUAACGAACUAACUGGAUUAUUAAAAUGCAUUUAUGAGUGACUGUUGUGACAACUACGGGAUGUAUACCACGUGGUACAGUCGUGGCGAGGGGGGGAUGCACCACCACCAAAUGGGGCAACUGUACCACGGGCCACCCAUGAUAAAGACUGAAGCUGGUGUGAAUAGUGACUGCAUGAUGGCUGUCGACUACGCACCACCUAUUAAGAAGGCGGGGGCGUCGUCAGCGUUCGUGUGGAGUGGAGGGGGGGUGACGGGCGGUGGGGGGCAGGAGCAGGCCGCGCAGCAGACCUCUGUGCCUUCUAGUACGCAGGGGGGAGGUGCCCAGGGCCUGGUGCACUGGAUGUCUGUGAUGGCUGAACACAUGGGAGGGGGUCACGACCCCUCCCACUACGCGCUGCCUCCGUGGAACAACGGCGGUGUUGAUCACUGUCAACAAAAGGAUGGUUUGGAUUACGCCGCGUGGUCACGCCCACGAGGCGCCAUGACCAUCAAGCAGGGUUAUGAGGCCAAGAUGACAAAUGAUGGCAGCGUCCACCAGAAGACUGAUGACAGGCUGGGUCACCACCAGUCCAUGAGCCAGAUGCUGUAUGGCACUGGGCUGGGGCCGGGGCGAUCUGGGUCGUCAUCCUCAUCGCCAGUGGGGGGCAACACGGGCAGUGGGCUGCUGGUGGUCCCUCAGCCGCUGGGCAAGGGCCCCACGAAGCUACAACCGCUGCACGCACACGCGAGGAAGUAUCACUGCAAGAUGUGCCCACAGGUGUUCGGCUCUAAGGCGGACCUCCAACUGCACACGCAAAUUCAUCUCCGAGAGGCGAAACCCUAUCGUUGUACCCAAUGUCCAAAAGCGUUUGCAAACUCCUCCUACCUCGCGCAGCAUUCUCGCAUACAUCUCGGUAUUAAACCGUACAGAUGCGAGAUCUGCCAGCGCAAAUUCACCCAGCUAUCCCAUCUGCAGCAGCACAUUCGCACCCACACCGGUGACAAACCUUACCGGUGCACUCAGAUCGGUUGCACCAAGGCGUUCUCUCAGCUCUCCAAUUUGCAAAGCCACAGCCGCUGUCACCAGACAGACAAACCGUUCAAAUGCAACUCGUGUUACAAAUGCUUCACGCACGAGAAAGAUCUCCUCGAACACAUUCCGAAACAUAAAGAGUCGAAGCAUUUGAAGACCCAUAUUUGCCAGUACUGCGGGAAGAGUUAUACGCAAGAGACGUAUUUAAGUAAACACAUGAACAAGCAUGCGGAGCGAGCUGACAAGCGGCCACCAAUAUCUGCUUUGGGUCUGAGCGGGCUCAAUAGAUCCCUGGCAGCGGCCGCGCCCACCACGGCUCCCUUCGUCGACCAUCCCUAUUGGCCAAAAGUAAGCCCCGACUCCGCGGCGCACAUGUCUGAUGAAGGCGGCUAUCAUCAACAAAGAGAGAGCGAUGAUCAUCAUGAGCAACAGCUGCAACAACAGCGGGCGCUGUUUGCCCAGCACGAGAGCCAAGAAGACCGCAUUCAGCCACCAGUUUCGUCAGCCGCCAAUUCAGCUUUCACACCGAUCAAUUCCAUGGCACCUCAUUUGAAUGGACUGUCACAUCACAGCGCUUUGCCCACGCGACCCUACUUGUAUGACCCUCUCCACUUCCAGCAGGGCAAGCAACAGCCGAACUCAUUCCCGAAUCAAUUGAUAUCUCUUCACCAGAUCAGAAAUUACGCGCAUCAACCUUCAGCCCUCUUGCCCGCUGAGCACAUUCUUCCUCACUCCCUCUCUCACAAAGACAAGCAGUAAAUCUUGCCGUUUCUUAGUAGGUACGCCUAUUUAAUACUUUCGAUGGUAUUAUUAGACUAUAAAAUAACGAAUAUUAAAAAAGUAUUUAGAAUCUCGCUCUCCAUGACAGUUGUAUUAUGUAUAAAAUACGGAAAAGUUUUGUCGUUAGUGAGGCGAAAUUCACAUUUUUAGACUUAUAUCGAUAUUGUGUAUAAAUACUCCGGAAUACGAGUAGAUAACAAAGUUUCUGAGUACGAAAUGUGAUUUCAAGAAAUCUAACAAGUUGUCGCUUAAUGAUUAGUUCUCGUCAAAGCACAGUUACCCCCAAUUCUAAGGUUGUACUUGGUAUUGUGAUGUAAUUAAGAUAGGUAUCAUUUGUGAGCUAGGAGGAGUUGCGCUGAUGCUUUCAAGAAAACUAAUCUUUAACACGGGGGUGUAGUCAGCAAUAAUGUAACAAGCAAGCAUAAUGAUAGGAACAGAGUACGCAAUAUAAAUGCAUAAUAAAAUUGCUUAACAAGCAUAAUAUUAUUCUCGUCUUAGAUGUCCUGUGAAUUUUAAUCACAUUUUGUCUUGUAGUUAUGACUCAACGUACUGAAUGUUAUACAAAUAUUAUUUUACAUAUUAUAUGUACAAUGGAUAAUUUUAAUGCACAUUUUAAGAGUUUUAAAAAAUUUUCUGCAAGUUCUAUAUUGAGGACUUAAUGUUAAAUAAUGUUAACAAAAUCUCAGAGUUCCUGAUAAGAAAUAGCAACAAUAUCGAUAGAACGAUUUUUAUCUAAUAGAUACCUAACUGGAGCGUUUGUUUCUUUUGCAUUUUCAUGGCCUGGUGUAGGACCAUACGGAUCUCUGUGAACACUUUUGCACUCAGUUCCUACUUAGAUCGAUUAUUAUCUUAUUUAGCUUUAUUUUUCUUCUUUCGCACUUUAAGUAUUUUACCUUGUUUGGAAAAUGUGGUCUUCCUUCAGCUACUUUAAUGAUGAAUUCAAACGAUGUACUCUCAAAGUCAAUGUUAGCAUACAAUGCCGAAUGUUUACGAUGGUUACAUAAAAAUUAUUUAUCAUUAUUAAAUUACAUUGUUUUUGUGAUAUUAAUAUUGUAUUCAAGGUCAACUUGGUCAAGGAUAUUCACUUAAAUAUUUUCUUUUAUUUUAAAGCAAGUUCUAUGAAUAUUUAUGUAGGUUCUAAUGGUUCUGAAGGCUGAAUACAUUUUCUAAUGGCGUUGUAUGAUAUUUUAUAACAACUGACGGGUUGCCAAAAUCUAUGAUUUUCACAUCUUUUGUAAUCAAUCGCAAUUUGUAUAUAUUUUGUAAAUAUGAGGCAAUUUUUUGAAACUUAAAUUUAUUACAUUUUGUUUAAGUCUAAAAUGCUUAUGCUCAAUUAUAUUAGACGAUAUAUUAAGAUGUCUGAUUGCUUUAAAGGAAAUUACUUUGUCGUCAAUUACUUCCAUUUCGGAUUUAUUGACGUCUAGAUUAUUUUCAAUGUGGAUCGUACUUAAUGUUGGUAUUUUUCGUUAUUUUUUUAUGAAUGCCGACGAAGAAUAUUAGACAAUACGUAUUCAAUCUGAUUGUUGUAUCGUGAAAUAAAAUUGUCUAAUGAUCGUGGUCGAAUUAGAAUAAUUUAAAGUAUACGAACAUUGUUGAUUUUUUUUUUAUUUCGAAAUUGUGAAUCAAUUCUAGUAGGUAAAUGAAAAUGUGAUAGGAAAUGAAAGGGUGAGGAAUAUUUUUGAGAAUAAUUUGUCUAAAUUUGUUUGCUAUUGAUCUUUUAGGUUACGAAUUGUUAGGUUGUGGUUAUUUGUGAUUGGGACGCUGUCCCGAUGCUGUCUGUCGGUCACAAAGCUAGCCAAAUGCUAAUUAAGUUCUUGUACAAAUUAAACAUUGUUUUUAUUGUAAACUACGGCAAUAUUAUCUCUUCCGAAUUGUUAUAAAUAAGUGAUUGCACUUCUUAUGUAUAGUAUUCAACGACAUGACAUUAAACCAAGAGUUUUAUCCAAAAUUUUUCGUUUAUAAUUGGUUUAAGGGUUUAAAGAUCGCCAAUAUCUAUCUAUUGUAAGUAGAAAUGUGAUAUUGUAAUUGAUUUUUUUUAGUUAAGUGUAAACUUAUUAUUAUGAUUAAAUUACAUAUUUUUGUAAGUAAUUUCGUUUUACGAUUAUUUCGCUUUGUCUAGCGUUCCCGUUUAAGAUUUUAGAAAGUGGACGAAAUCUUUUGUUACUUAAAAUCAAAUAAAAAUUAAUUACAAUUAUGCCAAGAAA